GUAUUUUAAAACACAAUGUACAAAGAAAUACAUUCUGAUAUUUUAGAUGAUGAGGAUGAUCCUGCAGAAGCUGAAAAGGAAGGAAAUGAAAUGGAGGGUGAGGAAUUAGAUCCAUUAGAUGCGUACAUGGAAGAAGUGAAAGAAGAAGUGAAAAAGUUUAAUAUGAGAAGUGUAAAAGGUGGAGGGGGAAAUGAAAAGAAGUCUGGACCAACAGUCACAAAAGUUGUCACUGUCGUGACAACCAAAAAGGCAGUUGUAGAUUCUGAUAAGAAGAAAGGUGAACUGAUGGAAAAUGACCAGGAUGCCAUGGAGUAUUCUUCAGAGGAGGAAGAAGUUGAUCUUCAGACAGCUCUUACAGGCUAUCAGACCAAACAGAGAAAACUUCUGGAACCAGUUGAUCAUGGAAAAAUUGAAUAUGAGCCAUUCAGAAAAAACUUUUACGUUGAAGUUCCAGAACUAGCAAAAAUGUCUCAAGAGGAGGUGAAUGUAUUUCGAUUGGAAAUGGAGGGUAUCACAGUCAAAGGAAAAGGUUGCCCCAAACCAAUUAAGUCUUGGGUCCAGUGUGGAAUUUCCAUGAAGAUCUUAAAUUCUCUCAAAAAGCAUGGGUAUGAAAAGCCCACACCAAUCCAAACGCAAGCAAUUCCUGCUAUAAUGUCUGGUCGAGAUUUGAUUGGCAUUGCCAAAACAGGAAGUGGAAAGACCAUUGCUUUUCUGUUGCCCAUGUUUAGACACAUUAUGGAUCAGAGGUCAUUAGAAGAAGGAGAAGGGCCAAUAGCUGUCAUCAUGACUCCAACUCGAGAACUGGCUUUACAAAUUACUAAAGAAUGUAAGAAGUUUUCGAAGACUUUGGGACUUAGAGUGGUCUGUGUUUAUGGAGGAACAGGAAUCAGUGAGCAGAUUGCUGAGCUGAAAAGAGGUGCUGAAAUUAUUGUUUGCACACCUGGUCGAAUGAUUGACAUGUUAGCGGCUAACAGUGGUCGGGUUACAAAUCUUCGAAGAGUGACAUACGUUGUUUUGGAUGAAGCAGAUAGAAUGUUUGACAUGGGUUUUGAACCACAGGUCAUGCGCAUUGUGGAUAAUGUCCGUCCUGAUCGACAGACGGUUAUGUUUUCAGCUACUUUCCCCAGAGCUAUGGAAGCUUUGGCUCGUAGAAUCUUGAGUAAACCCAUUGAAGUACAGGUUGGAGGCAGGAGUGUGGUUUGCUCAGAUGUGGAGCAACAAGUGAUUGUGAUUGAAGAAGAAAAGAAAUUCUUGAAGUUACUUGAGCUUCUAGGCCAUUAUCAAGAAUCAGGAUCUGUCAUUAUAUUUGUGGAUAAGCAGGAACAUGCUGAUGGUCUAUUAAAGGAUUUAAUGAGAGCAUCUUACCCUUGCAUGUCUCUUCAUGGAGGUAUUGAUCAAUAUGACAGAGACAGUAUUAUAAAUGACUUUAAGAAUGGGACCUGCAAACUUCUUGUGGCCACCUCUGUUGCUGCCCGAGGUCUAGAUGUGAAACAUUUGAUUCUUGUAGUAAAUUACAGCUGCCCCAAUCAUUAUGAGGAUUAUGUGCACAGAGCAGGACGGACUGGAAGAGCAGGCAAUAAAGGAUAUGCCUAUACUUUUAUCACAGAAGAUCAAGCUCGCUAUGCUGGUGACAUAAUUAAAGCUCUUGAAUUGUCAGGGACUGCAGUGCCUCCUGAUCUAGAGAAACUUUGGAGUGAUUUCAAAGAUCAACAGAAAGCUGAAGGAAAAAUAAUUAAAAAGAGUAGUGGGUUCUCUGGUAAGGGAUUCAAAUUUGAUGAAACCGAACAAGCUUUGGCUAACGAGAGGAAGAAAUUACAAAAAGCGGCUCUUGGUCUGCAAGAUUCAGAUGAUGAGGAUGCUGCGGUUGAUAUUGAUGAACAAAUUGAAAGCAUGUUUAAUUCAAAGAAGAGAGUAAAGGAUAUGGCUGCUCCUGGAACAUCUAGUGUUCCUGCUCCGACUGCAGGAAAUGCUGAGAAAUUAGAAAUUGCUAAGAGAUUGGCUCUUAGAAUCAAUGCUCAGAAGAAUUUGGGCAUCGAGUCUCAGGUAUUAAGUAAUUUGUUCCAAGUCUCAGUACUUUUGAUUUAGAUGCUUUUCAGGAAUUAUGCUGAGCAUAAAUGAACAAGUUUUCCUAGAAAUUGAGUUUGUGAGAAUACAGGGUUCUUUGAUAAUUGCAUUUGGAUGAUGUUGCUAGUCUGAUUAACUGAGCGACUUCAUGCCUCUUCUGGAGUACCUGUUAGCCAUAGAUCAUUUUUGUAGAGCAGAUGAGCAUGUUCUAAAAAAUCCAAAAUUCACGAUUGAGAAUGUUCAAUGGUAAAGCACUUACUUAGCAUUGCUCAAAGCCCUGAGUUAAAUCACUAGCACUUUAAGAACAAAAUGCUCUAAGAUCUGAAACUUUUUGAUCACCAACCUAAUGUCCAAAAAGGUUUGGAUUUUGUAGCAUUUGGGAUAUCAAAUUUUCCUAUUAGCUAUGUCUACCUUAAAGUCUGUGGAUAUUCUGAAAUCCAGAUAAAACUCUGAAAUCUGAAAUACUUCUUGUCCCAGGCAUUUCAUAUAAGGGAUAUUCAGCCUGUACUAGAUUUUGAUUGGUCUUCCCCAAAUCCAAGGCAGUUCUUU